CUUCUAUUACAUCGAUGGUAACCGAUGGAGGCGAGCCGAGGAGGCGAGAAGGGGGCACAUACGUGUACAACAUGGAGACCGUGGCCCCAUCACCUUCAUCGGUAAGAAGCAUGAUCUCAAAGGGUUGGGGAUCUCUAACAAGAUCCAAGACAUACAAAGAGACAAGGGAUCGAGAAAAAAUGAUCAUUAGUUGUAAUAAGCGCGAAAAAGAAGAAGAGAAUGAAAAUGAAAUAGUGGAAUCAAGAAAGGCGCGACCGAUCAUUAAUUAUGUACAAGAAAGAAAAUCGGUUUCAGUGGUGGAGACGAAUGUUGGAUCCGUUGCUGCCUUUCUUCAAGUUAAGGUUUUGACGACGGACAUGCCCGGGUUUAUGCAAGUUCACGCCUUUCGAUGUGCCCGGACAACCUAUGAUUGUAUGGACAACUUUAGCUUAAAGAACAUGGCUUAUAACAUCAAGAAGGAAUUCGAUAAGAUAUACGGUCCGGCAUGGCAUUGCAUCGUUGGUUCGAGCUUCGGAUCUUUCGUAACACACUCCACAGGCUGCUUUAUAUAUUUCACCAUGGAAAAGAUGUAUAUCCUCGUUUUUAAGACUAAAGUUCAAAGGGCUGCUUUAAUUUAGGCCAAAUCUAGCCAUAUAUAUAAUUCCAUUCAAAUUUCAAAUUCGACUCGAAUUAUUUUUUUUUUACGCGUGUAUAUUUUCUUUGAAUGAUAGAAAUAUAUUUAUAUACAUAUAUAUAAGCGGAUGUGGUGGUUCUGUUG